GUUCAGAGGCGGCCGGGAGAGCGCAGGAAUUCCCACUGGCUCCUGGAGCUGCCCCGCGGUCCCCAUGGCCCCCCGGCCCUGCCCGAGGUGAAAGUGGAAGGGACGGGAACCUCAUCCCCUCUCUACACCACGAGUGCAGCAGAGUCAGCAGAGUCAGCAGUGCAGACCCAGCUGCUCUCAUGGCUGCUGCAGACCCUGUCCUGCCCCCCGAGGAGGUGGCUUUGCUGGAGCUGGGGAAAGUGGCCCUGGAUAAGGUGCCCCCAGCCCUGGAUGAACACCUCGAGGACCCUGAUGCCACCCUGCCGUGGGACCGGUGCCAGCACAGCGCCCAGGGCCAGCCGGAGUCUGCGGAGGCAAAGAGGCGCUCGAGUCCCGAGGGGGGCGAAGACCCCGAGGAAGCUGCUCCCACCUGCCCCCCAGCUGAGGCCAAGGAGGAUGAGGAAGGCCCUGGGCUGCCCGUGACGGCGGCCCAUGUCUUCGUGCCCAUCGACCCGCAGUGCAUCGAGCAGAGUCCCUGCAAGCAGAAGCAGCACCCCGCUCCGUGGCCCCAGCAGGAGGGCAGGGGGGGCCACGCUCCUCCCAGCAACAGACCCAGCAGCCUCCACCACAAGCAGGUCUUCCUCCCCCUCGGCCCCUCGCGCUACCGGGACCCCCUGGGCUUUGAGGGGCGCGUGGCCAAGCCCCCGGUGGAGGGGCCGCAGUGCCCGCGUGGCUCCGACAACCUCAAGGCCGUGGCCUCGGUGGCGGGGGCCCUGCUCCUCUGCCCCUGCCUCCUCUACGGCGCCUACGUCUUCCUGCCCUUCGACGCCCCGCUGCUGCCCACCGUCAGCGCCCGCCUGGUGUACGCGCUGCGCUGCUCCGCCUUCGCCACCUUCCCCGUGGUGCUGGGGAUGAUCAUCAGCGGCAUCUCCCGCCUCUGCUCCUCUGCCCUGGAGCCCUUUGGGGAGCUGCAGCGGGAGGUGGAGAUCCACCGCACCUUCGUCUCCCAGUCCAUCCAGCUCUUCAUCCUCUACUUCCUCAACAUGGUCGUGCUGGCCACCUACCUCCCUCAGGAGCUCCUCAAGCUCAUCCCGCUGCUCACGGGGCUCUUCGCCAUCUCCCGGUUGAUUUUCUGGCUCUCCUACGCCAUCAGCCGCUCCUUCCGCGCCUUCGGCUUCAGCAUGACCUUCCUGCCGCUCCUGGCCAUGCUGGUGUGGAACCUGUACGGCAUGUUCGUCCUGGAGCCCGAGAACCUCCUCUCUGUGGCAGCGCCGCAGCCCGAGGGCCGCUCCAAGGGCAGCGGAGCCAAGCUCCGGCACUGGGGGUGA